AUGGCGGAGCCGGAGGCCACGGCCGAGGACCUGGACGCCCUCAUCGACGACCUGGACUACCUGCCGGGCCACUUCCACCUGGAGAUGCAGCUGAACUUCGAGCCGCGCUCGCCGGCCUCGCUCCGCGCCCGGGACCUGAAGCUGCAGCGGGACGGCUUGCAGCAAGAGCUCGAGCUGGCGGCCGCCCCGCAGCGCCCCGCCGUGCGCCACCUCCUAGGCACCUUCGCCUUCUACCUGGACGAACUGGACGAGGCCCGCGAGCUCUUCCUCGAGGUGGCCCGCGAGGACCCGGGCAACCUCAACGCCUGGGCCAACCUUGCGCACGUGUACGGGCGGCUGGGCCAGGAGGAAGAGGAGGAGGCGAGCGCCGGGCGGCUGGCCGGCCUCAUGGGCCUGGCGGCGGAGCGCGAGGCGCCGGGGGACCCCCAGCGCCGGGCGGCGCGCUGCCUGGCCGAGCAAGGCUAUGCGCACGGCUUCGACGUGGGCUGCGCCAGCCCGGAGGAGCGGGCGCAGGUGCUGGCCGCCGGCAUCGCGCUCUACGACAAGGCGCUGGGCUACGGGCAGCAGAUCCCAGUGGAGGAGAAAAGGGGCUGGUACUUCACCAUGGCAACGCUCUUCAUCAGACUAGAUGGCAUCUUCCUGGAGAUGGGCAGCGAGGAGCAGAAGAGGCUGCCCGCCUUCAACCGCACGCUGGCCCUGCUCCGGCAAGUGCUCAAGUCCUCAGACCCCCACCACCAAGCUCUGGCCUGGUGCUACCUCGGGAUGCUGCUAGAGAGGAAGGACACCUUCUCCACCACCCCCAUGGGUGUCCACGACUGUGGGUACUCGGGAACCGACCCCCUGGACUGCUUUGGCAAGGCUAUUGAGAUAGCCAAGGACCAGCCCCCCAUCCUGAAUCGCCUGGCCAAAAUCUUCCACUUCCUAGGAAAGCAGGAUAUGGCCAUUGGAACCUGCAACAUGGCUCUAGAUAUCCUACGAGAUCCGGAGCUCAACUGGCAGGCAUACUGCACAAGGGCCAAGAUCCACCUCAGAGCCUACCUGCACGACCUGGAGCGAGCCAAGAUGGGGCUCGGGGGCAUGCCUGACAGGAACCACCUGUCCUGCGCCAAGGCCGAUCUGGAGGAAGUGGUCAAGGUGUGCCCAAGCCUCAAGACCUACCUGGACAUUGGCCAGGUCUACUACUACAUGGGUGUGGACGCCGUGCAGGAGCUGCUGGCGGUGGACGAGGCGGCGCUGAACCAGGCGCUGGUCUUCCUGGCCAAGGCCGGCGAGUCGGAGCUGGGCGCCACCCUGCCCGAGCUGCAGCUGCUGCGCGGCAAGUGCCUGCGCAUCAAGGGCGAGGAGGCCAACGCGGCGGCCUGCUUCAAGCGCGCCGUGGAGCUGGACGACGCGGGCUCCAGCCACACCGAGGGCUUCGGCUGCCUGCUCGAGGCGCUGCUGGCGCAGUGGAGCCAGGCGCAGCUGAGCGACGCCGAGCUGGGCCGCGAGGUGGACGCGUGGCUGCGCCGCGCCCAGGGCAAGUACCCCGCGGCGCGCCUGCGCCAGGAGCUGCAGCGCGUGUGGCGCGGCCACACGGGCGAGGUGCUGGGCCUGGCCCGGGCCCUGGUGGCUCAGGGCCGGCCGGCGCUAGUGCGGCUGCUCUUCGAGACCAUGGAGCAGGACGGCGACGUCGCAGGCGUGCCGCGGGGCCGCCGCGCCUUCUCCCUCUGA